UCCGAGCCGCUGCUCCGCCCGCUGCGGGUCGGGUCUGGGCGCGCGCGGUGCCGCGGACACACGGGGCUCCGCUGCGCUCCGCAUCCCGCCGGCAUGGGCUCCCCGGGCACCUGCGUGCUGCUCGCGGCCAUCGCCUGCCUCCUCCGCCGGGUGUCCAGCACACCUCCCGAGUGUACCAUCAUGCUGGAGAUUGUAGAAGCACGGGACAACUGUCUGGCAACACCCAACCUGGAUAACUACACUUCAGGUUGCAGAAGGAUGUGGGACAAUAUCACGUGCUGGCCUUCGGCAGAAGUGGGAGAAGUGGUGGUGAUGUCUUGUCCAACAUAUUUCAAGUUCUUCUCAGCUUCUUUGGGCAAUGUGUCCAGGAACUGCACAGACGAGGGUUGGGCAGAUAUGUACCCUGCCCCGUAUGCAGUCGCCUGUGGGUAUGAUGCCAACAGCACUCCAGGGGAAGAGCAGACGGUAUUCUACGGCACGGUCAGGACGGGUUACACCAUCGGAUAUAGUUUAUCACUCAUCACUCUCACGGCUGCUAUGAUCAUUUUGUGCCUCUUCAGAAAACUGCACUGUACUCGAAAUUAUAUUCACAUGCACCUCUUCAUGUCCUUCAUAAUGAGAGCCAUUGCGGUCUUCAUCAAAGACGUCAUCCUCUUUGAGAGCGAAGACAUGGACCACUGCUCUGUCAGCUCGAUUGGCUGCAAGGCCGCCAUGGUUUUCUUUCAGUACUGCGUCAUGGCCAACUUCUUCUGGCUGCUGGUGGAAAGCUUGUACCUGCAUACCCUCCUGGUCAUCUCCUUCUUUUCAGAGAGGAAGUACUUUUGGUGGUACAUCCUGAUUGGCUGGGGUGCCCCCACGUUGUUCAUCACGGCUUGGACUGUCACCCGGAUUCACUAUGACAACGAGGGGUGUUGGGAGAACAUGAUCGAGUCCCAUUACUGGUGGAUCAUCAAAACUCCUAUUCUGUUUUCUAUUUUGGCGAACUUCAUCCUCUUCAUUUGCAUUAUCCGUAUCCUAGUCCAGAAGCUGCAUUCCCCAGAUGUCGGACGCAAUGAAACCAGCCAAUACUCGAGACUCGCCAAGUCCACCCUGCUGUUGAUCCCACUUUUCGGCAUCCACUAUAUCGUCUUUGUCUUCUUCCCACCCCACUACAAAAUGAAAAUAAAGGUCGUCUUUGAGCUCGUUCUUGGUUCCUUCCAGGGCUUUGUGGUGGCUGUCCUCUACUGCUUCCUCAAUGGUGAGGUCCAAGCCGAGCUGAAACGGAAGUGGCGGAGGUGGCAUCUGGAGAGGUUCCUGGGCUCCGACAUGAAGUAUCACCACCCUUCGUUAGGGAGCAACGGUACGAACUUCAGCACCCAGAUCUCAAUGCUCACCAAGUGCUCUCCAAAGACUCGCCGGUGUUCCAGCUUCCAAGCAGAGUUUUCUUUGGUCUGAUGGGACGACCCACCCCAGCUGGGGCCACCCGAGAGCGAGAAAGAGGGAGACCACCAGGAGCGUAACGUGAGCCGAAAAGUUAUUUUUAAACAAGACACUCCCCGUGAGUCAACAAAGGACACAAAACUGGAAAAGCCACUGAUGUCCUGAGCAAGACGGGACAAGCCAGGAUGCAGAGAUGUGUUUUGUUUUGUGGGGGGGGUUGUUAGACUUUUAACUACAAGCUUAACCCCUUGGUCGUGGGGAAACUCAUGAAUUGGCUACGGCGGCUGUAGCCAUCAUCGGCUAUGAUGGGGAAACUCAUGACUUGGCUAUCAAACGUGUGCAUAACUCCAGCAAGCGUGGGGACUGCUGGGGAAGUAUCUGAUACGCUCAUAAACAGAGGGCGGGGGAUAUUUCAUGAGUUCAGAGACGGCUUCUGUGAAAGACGGAUGCUUUUUUUUUUGUUGUUUUUAAAGUGAGCCAAUUGGGGAAAAAAACCCACAAAAAAAAUGUUGCAAUGUGCCAAGGGUCUGACUGGUAAAGGACCAUAGUACAAGGAAGGUAUCGCAAGUAGGGACAGCUUACGAGAGACUGCAGGAUCAUGCAUUUGCAGAUGCAGGUACAUGAGCUGUCACACCAGAAAGCUCUCGUAAAGCUGGAGUCGGCGUGGGAUCUCCAUCCCCGACGGUCUGCUUUGCCCGCUGAAGUACCACCGCCGCCGACGGUUCCCCCAGAAUGUAGCUUGCUGAGAAGCUAAACUGUGAAUGCCCUUUUCUGCACUAUACUUGUUAAGGGUGACUCAUUUUUAUUUUUAACAGGAAACGAUAGCUUUGCAUGUCUAACAUGUUAAAAAAAAACAAAAAGUGGGGGGGGAGGGGGGGGCGGGGUCCAAUUGCCAACUCAGUAGCAUGGUUACGUCAUCCAUCCCGAUUAAGCUGCUGUCAAUCUUGGCCUAUUAUUGCGACAGGACUCUGAGGACUGGGGAAAGAGCACUGGUUUCUAACAGGCUGGUACCUGAAUAAGGCACUCUGGGUGGGAGGAGGAGAUACCAAAUUCUUGCAGUCUUUAACUGAAUUAGACCCACUGUAAGGAACCGCUGUGGAGAACAGAGAAUUGGUUUAAGAGCAGCUGGCACAAUGGUAUCAUCAAAAUAAAAUUAUAACUGCCACUAUAGGGAUUAGGAAAUACCAAAGGAAAGAUGAUGAAGCUAUUACAUUGGAACCACUGAAGCAGAAAUCAAUCUGUUUUCAUCCCGCAAUGAAGGUAUCAUUAGACCUUUAGAAAACCAGGUCUGAUACGUACCUGCCGCCUGUUUGCUAACAGCUUUUAAGUUUACAUAUUGGAGAUUACUUGAAGGGUGUCCCCAGCUCCCUGCUUUUUCUUUACAUGCUUGGGGUGAAAAUGUUGUUCAUACGUGCCAGACUGGCACCCUCUAGAGACUGAAGUCCUCUGCUCUCUCCAGUCUCAGAUCUGCAUGAGCCGUGGCAGUGCAAGUUUCUCCCCAUGUGCCGCCGAGUCCUUUGGCAAGGUGUCUUGUUUUAAUCCGUAGCCUUGGUUUGAUACGAGUGCAAGUCACUUGGUUUAAAAUGACACAACUCUUAAGUUACCUCGGUGUGUGUUUGAUGCGAGGUGGGGCCUGCCGUGGAUCUUUCAAUAAGAGAUGCUCACAUUUGGGGAUUGAGUAGAGCACAUCCAAGUGUUCUUUGUCAAUGGGCUCGUCUUUGGUCGGGAAAGAUUUCUACCACCUUCCCUCCAUUAAAAAUAAUAAUGCUGCAUUAAGAAGGCGAUAUGGGCUCAUUCUAUCACGAGGCUGCCAAAUGGAGGUCUCCUACUGUAUGUAAAGGAAUACAUCUGGUAACGGGACAUUAUGUGAUGGAAAUGACUUCUUUAAGCUUUGCUUGGCAGACGUCGCGAUUCUGUACAAAGCGAUUGUAUCGUUUCCUGCAGGACGGCUGAAAAUCCCAGUCAUCCAACUAGUCUUCUGUUGUCUGCUUUGUGGGUCCCACCGCAGCGGCCCAAACUCAUUCCUGGAGCGGUGGCUGAUGUGAAUGCCUCCUGUAUGUAACCAAGAGCAAGGUUUAUGGCUUGGUCCACUGCUGCUCGCUCUGAUGGCAAUGGAGAAAUGCCUUUAGGUGCCAACGUCCAACGUAUAGGUGGCACUGAGAUUCUCAGAAACCCCCAUCCAGCUACUGCUUAAUUCUGAGAACAUUUAAAAGUUGCUCUAAUUGGUUUAAAUCCCUAACAUGAGACCGAACCACCUAGUCCUGACACUGCCAACCUGUCCUAAUUCACACCUAUGGCCCAGUGGCCAUCGUAAACAAGGUACUCCCCUGACCGUCUGGCCUACCCAGUCCAAUCCUGUAGUCAUUUUUUGGAACUUGCUUACCAGUACCAGGCUCAAAAAGAAGGCAGUGAGGAGGAGAUGCCUUCAUUAUGCCUCAUUUUAUAGCAAGGAUUGAACCCAGGUCUUCCAUUUAUCAAUGAAUGCCCUAACCAAUAGGCUAUCCCUGUCCCUUAGUCUUGCCUAUGUAACUAGAUCCUAGUUAUCUUCUGUUUACUAAACACUAGAUUACAGCAUUAGUGGGCAUGUCUAUACACAUGCUUUAAUGCACAGUAGACUUUUACUGUGCAUUAAAGCUGCACGUAAAAAACCAUGACGUUAUGCCAAUGCACAGUAAAAUGGCCUGCACAUUAAGCAUCACUAAAAAAGAGUGCAAAUGCACUACUGCACAUUAGCACAGCCUAAUGCACAUUAAUUUUUUACCUUAUGCAUUAAAUUUAGUACCUCCAAUAUAUUAGAAAAGGUGCAUUAAUGCAUGUGUAGACACACCCAGUCUUACUCUUUCUCUGGCCUUGUGAAAAUGUAAGUACUCUGUCCAGGCUGGAAUACAAGAAAUUGGAAGAGGUCCACCCCAGAAUACCCAACCGCUUUGUAUUUGCAACAUUCAGCUGGUUCAGCUCCCUGCUCCAAAUCAGCCAUGGGAGGAGUUUUAACCUGCCCCCACUGCAUCGUCUAUGAGUUAUCUAACUGCAAAGCAGUGAGGUAGAAGGAAGACACCACCACCACCUCAAUUUUCAACCAGAUAAUUCCUAACCUGACCUAUAUGCUGAACUACAGGAGAGGGUUCACAUCUUCCAGGUGGAGAGAGAUGUCUUCCUCCCCCUGGAAUUAGGCAACUAACUCUCUGACAGGGUUGGCACUUAAGCCCCAACCUAUCUCUGCCCUUUCCAAUGGUUUAGAUGGAUUCCCACUCCUUGUGGAUCCCAUUCCUAAAUACAUAACUUGCCUCAUGCAUUUGAUAAAAAUCCUAUAAAAAUCCUAGGUGCCUCCCUCUGGGAGCUGGGGGCAAAGCAUGUAAAUUGAGCAUCAUACUACAACCCUUAAGUCCAUUAUUAGACUGAGCCCUCAGACUUGUAUUUGGAUUUUCCCAUCAUCUGUGGGCCUCUGGCAUUCUAGGCUGGGGUAGAGAAUGAGACCCCGCAUGGGGUUGGUUCAGUUCGUUAGGUUUAUUCCUUCCCAGGGAAGAGCACGGAAGCAUUUUUCAAGCCCUGUGCUGCUAUGACAGGUACAUGCAUGUCAGCUGAUGAAAGAUGGUCUGUUAUUGUAUAAAGGAACCUCUUUAUAAGAUAGGGAAAGGACCAGCUAUGGACAGAUUUGACCUGCCUUGAUUCAACAACCUAAAGUUGCAAAUGACUUUACAUGGUUCCUAGUGAGGAGGUGCCUUGUCCCCCUCAACCAUCAUCUCUUCCACUGCCUGAUUCUUCAACUCCUUCAACCUCCCAUUGACUUGAAAACUUGCCCGGUCCCUUAAAUCAUGUUCACGGUUUUUUUGACGUGAAGCUUUAAUGCGCAGUCAAAUAGUCUACUGUGCAUUAAAGUGCACGUGUAGCUGGGCACUUGCACCAUUGCACAUUGCAUAUAGGUACACAGAGGGAGAUAGCAUAGGGAGCAAUACCAAAGGACAAGUAUAAUGGGGAGAAUGUAUUUAUCUGCUGGAAAAAGUGGUAAAUUUUGGAGGUGCAUAAAAUCAGAGGGUCAUAGGGUUGGAAGGGACCUCGAGGGUCAUCUGCGUGAACCCCCAAAGGAAAAGUGUAUGGAAGUUAACUCUAUGAUCAGAUCUGAAUGAAGCUCUGCUAACCUGGAAACAUUCUGAGACUUGUACACAUUUGCACCAGAGUAAUGUGCAUCCAUUGUUGAAUACUGAAUAUAAUUUAUACUGAGAUCCAGAGUGGACAGAGAGCAGGUUAUCUUCUUAAAUUGCCUCACCGCAAAGUAGCGGAGGAGCCAGCAGCUAGCCUGUUUGCAUUGGGCAAAACAGCUACCUUUAACAUAAGCUGUAGACAUGCAAUAGCUACACUGAUGUAACUUAUACUAGCUUAGUUUUAUCCCUAAUACUUGUAGGGGUACGUCUAGACCAGAAGAGGGAAAGGUACCGUAGUACAAGGGUUUACAUUAUCUUCUCAUUGUUUACAGUAGUAUACAGGUCAGUUAACACCCUCAUAAAUGUGUCCAAACCCUCGGUUUUCACUGGACUACUUUGCUGCAUAAGCCCAGUUCAGAGUAGCCUGUCCUUUGGUUAAUUUAAUGCUGACUUUCUCACAUCUGUGCCUCUUGUAUCCAGUGCCGCUGUCAUGUGAAUUGUCUUCUCUCUAGUGUCACUGGAAUGUAUUCAUGUUUCAAACCAGAGCUGGUACAACACUAUGUAAGUCCAACCAGCCAGGACUCUCAUUAACAAAUUGUCUUGGACCGGAAGAGAGUGCUUCCAAUUAGGAGCGUAGGUUUAUCUAUGAUCCUCUCUUGGUCUGUAAAAGAAUGCUUCUGAGUAGGAUCAUAGGUUUAUAGGAAAGUAGGGCUGGAAGGGACCUCCGAGGGUCAUCUAGUCCAGGCCCCUACUCAAGGCAGACUCAUCCCUAACUAAACCACUUCAACCACACGUCUGUCCAAACUGCUCUUGAUAAAACUUCCAAAGAUGGAGAUUCCCCAACUUCUCUAGGUAGCCUCUUCCAAUGCCUGACCAUCCUCAGAGUCAGAAAGUUCCUCCUAAUCUCCACCCUAUGUUUCCCCUGAAGCUCCUCACGCUUCCCCUCCCUUGCACCUAGUCCUAGGUUUGUUCACGCUACCAAAUCUACCUGUAUAAAUGAAGCACUUUGUUCACAGAUGGAUGCAUUGAGUUCUGCCCUCCCUCGAGCUUCUCUGCUCUGAUUGUGAAUGUGCCAAAAUUUGCAGAGACUGGGGAGUAAAAUCCAGUGCUCCCUUCCUCCCAGUAUAACCUUGCACUUUUCAUAUACACAAGCCUAGCUACAGCGGUCUAUGGGCAUGUACACAGGUCUCCAUGCCACAUUCAAGGCUGCUGAUAAAGUCCUACCCAUCCUUCCCACUGUGCACACUCCAACACAGUAAUACACCCCCUAGGAGCAGUCAGCGAUCUUGAGAUUGGCAAUGGAAGGACAUCCUCAGGGCAUCCUCAUACCCUCUGUUCCAGGUUGUGGCAUCCAAAGUAGAAGUCAUUAAAAAAAAAACAGGGCUUUUUAUGCAGCCUUGAAAGAGCAGCAUGGAGUUAAUAUCAGUAAACCCCAUAUCUCCUUACCAUUGUAGAAAAACUUAGGGGGCCCUUUUCCCCAUUUAUACUAGUAUAAAGCUAGAGGGACUCCAUACUGUCAUUCUAGGGCAGUUGAGAGAAAACCCAAGGCCCAGACAAACUGCUCAAACUCUGAAGGGUCUCCAAUGUGGGAGGGGCAGGGAGUUGGUUUUUAAUGAUCUCAGCAGCCUCACCUUUUCUCCUUAUGUCUCCAAACCCAGGAUUUAAAUAACAGCCUCAUGGCAACUUGAAGUUACUUAGCCAUGACCUGUUGUCCUUUCCCUUUAAGAUCUAUGGAGAAGUAGGGGAUGGUCAUGGAGAGUAUCAAGCGCCAAUGGUUUGUCUGAAUAGCUAAGUCAUCACUUGCAUGCAGUAACUGUGUGAAAUACCUCCCAAUGGAGAAGAGACCCCAAUUUUUCAGCUGGCUUAUAUGUGGUACCAUACUUAUCACAGGCGUCUCAAGGGCAUGACUAUAGAAGACUAAAGGUAGGGACCAGAAGCACCUUCAGUUCAUCUUAAGGGGGAAAUCUAAGGGCUACGUCCUCUGCUGGUAUAAGUGGACUUUGAUUUAUACCAGCUGAGACUUGGGCCCAGUUUCUUGAUACUGUAAACAUGUACAUAAAAGGUAACAAGAAAAGCACAUUAAAAUACAUUGACUUUUGAUACCAGGUGGACUCUAAAGAGACAUUCAAAAAAAUGUGGUUGAAAUGCCAGAGCCCUCCCAACCAUUUUUUUCCAAACGAAAAGGUUUCAAAUGAAACUCAACUUGGUCUUGUUGUUCAGGAGCUGGCGUUGUGCGCCCCAUCUCCUCCUCGCUCAAGGCGCAGGCAUCUCUUUGUCUGUAAAUAGGCUUUCAAUAUAAUGAGUUCUGGUUGAAUGCAAUGCAGAUAGUCAGUUCAAUCGCCUCCCUAAGACCUUUAAUUUAUCUACACGCUCGUUACUUAUUCUUCAUGACCAUGAGAAUCGGCUGCCGCUCCUGGGGCAGAUGUAAAUGCUGCCAUGUUUUCAUGACUUUUUACCUUGUGUUAUUUAUUUAGUUCCAGCUCUGUACUGUAAAUACGCAAUGGAUUGCUCUCCUGUUUCCUUGCCCGUGUAUUCGGUUCAUCUCAGAAGCAUCUCCUUGGUUUCCAAGGGAAUACUUUUCUGUGGUUGCCAGUGCUGAAAGCAAGCAAUAAACCAACAUAAAGGCAUUUUGUGCACACUUCUAAA